AGCAGCGCGGCCGACCAAAAAAGUCGUCUAGGGCGGCCAGCUAGCAGUAGCGUUUCGCAGAACUCGUUAAUUAUCAACAUACGUGCCUUGCGCAGCCGCUGUUGGCAAGCGCGCAGCUCACAGUGCCCUGCAGAGGCGCUGCUUUCAAAAGUGGCCACAACCGGCGCUGCACGCCAUCGCGGAGAGAGCGCGCAAAAGCCGUAAAACAUGUCCUGCUCCCACGUCGUCGCCGACGAGGUCGCGCGGGGCAACUUCGAGGACACGGGUCCCGACCGCGAUUGGGGCGACAGAAACGAGGCGCUCUUAGCGCUCCAAAGACUCUUCGACGAGGCCGCUAGGAUCGAAGAAAACGAUGACGAGGCGAUGUUCGACGCCGAGGCCUGGCGAGCUUUACGCUUGCCGUUGCAGCAGUGUUUGCGAGAUCCGCGGAGUCAUCUCGUGAGAGAGGCGUGCGGCUUGUUAGCAAAAAUCGCCCACGCGUGUAAUGAUGAGAGGGGCCUCCCGAAACAAUGGGUUUCUAGAGAUGGCGGCCGCCCUUGUUUACGAGAUGCGACACCCGCGUUGUUCGAACUGCUCGGCUCGGGGAACAAGCUAAAUGGCCGAGUGGCCGACGACUGCUUAGUUUCAGUUAUUGAUAGUACACGGUCGAAGCAUUUGGUCGGCGCCGUCUUCGAACAUGCGUCGGUGAAGCGCGCGGGCAAGGCGCCGUUCGUGCGCGAGUGCUGCGCGGCCUACGCGCUGCAAAUUCUACGAACGUGGGACGACGUGUCGCGACUGGGCGAUAAUGAGGUGAGGCAGUUGUGUGCUGCGGUCUCUGAUUUGCUGGAGGAUCCGGCGGAACGGGCGCGCGCGGCCGCGCGGGACGCGUACCACGCGCUUGCUGAAGUCUGGCCGGACCGCGCGUCAGAAAUUUCGAGAGACGUGGAUCCCAAAAUAGCGCGGUUGUUGCUUUCUUCGAAUGUCGUCGUAGAGAGGCCACCAACACCACCUCCACCACCUCCACCGGAACCGCCGUCGGGCGUCGCGGAGGGUACUAGAGUACGAGUGCUCAAAAAUAGGACAGGUACCGUCCGCUUUAUUGGUGAGACGGCCUUUAGUUCGGGCGCCUGGGUCGGCGUCGAAUUGGACGCGCCCGACGGCAAGCACGACGGCGUCGUCGACGGGAAACGUUACUUUGAAUGUGGGGCGAAUCGCGGCGUGUUUGUCCGGGCCUCCCAGGCCCAGACCCUGUCCGAGGACGUUGCGCAGUCUUCCGAAUUACCCAGGGCCGCUUUGUUGUGCCAUGCGCACAAGCAUCUGCUGCGGGAUUUGAUGCGCGAGCUGCAAGCUCAGCUCGGGGCCGUCGGCGCGUACGAGAAACGGAGUCCGUCGAUCGAGGCGGCGGCGGCGUAUCGCGUCGCCGCCGAGCAGGCGGCGCCGCCCCUCGUGGAAUUGCUGGCGGCUUAUGAAUUACGAGUGGCGGAGCUCGCGUCUUCUGCAAAUCCGCCGCGGUCGCCGGGGCCGGGGACGUCUAGCGCGGGGCCGCCCGUUGGUGGGGCUGAUUAAGACUAG